GUAGAUAAUCACACAGGCUGUUGGUUUCAGUUCAGCCAUACAUUCACCACCACAGUCUUAUCCCGCGCCGGUCUGGUCUAUCACCACAGCAGCUUUCAUAAAAAGCUAAUAACCCUGCAGCUCCUGCCGGAGACUUCUGAGCGUGGAUCAGGGGCAGAGGGGGUAACUGGGGUGUGAAAUAGACUCCGGUUAGCUGAUGGACACAUGAAAAGACUCGGAUGGCUGCUUGUCACUCACACCGCCAGGCCCGCCUUUUGCUCCAUCUGAAGUUCAAAUAUGAAUCUAAAUAGCCUGGAAAAUGUAUUUUUCUACCAACAGAUCCCAGAAGUGCGCGGGGCAGCAGCAGCAGCAGCAGCAGCAGCAGCAGCAGCAGCAUCACAGACAGUCAGGGAGUGAUGUGAAGCGCAGAUGCACACUGCUCCGCUCCCCUCUGCUCCUCUCUGCUCCGCCGUGCGGUAGGAGGGGUUGUAGUGACGCUGUUAUCCAAUGGGCACCGGCUUCCUCUGGACGGAGCGCAGCGUCUCUGUCUCAGCGGCACUUUUGCGCCAGACAAGUAGGGACCGUCUCUCACUCAGCACCCGAGAAGAAGAAACUGGGCUCCGGGAAUUACUGAGGUGUACUAGGCGAAGAAGACUCAUCUCUUCCCUCCUCUCUUUUUCUCUCUUUUUUCCCCCCCUUAACACGCGGUCCUGCAAAGAUGAACGUUGGCUGCGUCAUCCUGGCGUGCACCGCACUUGUGGGCGCCUCCACGGGGAGUAGGGCGAGCCAGCCCCUCAAACCCCCCUGCAGACCGGGGUUCACCCAGAGCUUCUACACAGUGAUUGUCUCGAGAGACGUACUGCACGGACAGAGCAUUCUCAAAGAUACCGCCCUGUCCAGCGAGCGUGUGAAGUUUGAGGACUGCCAGCGCAGCAGAGAGGUGGGCUUUGUCAGCAACGACCCCAACUUCAGCGUGAGGCCCGAUGGGACGGUGUAUGCAGAGCAGGAGGUGGCCAACCUGUCGGAGCCCGUCCAGUUCAUGGUGACGGCGCGGGGGCUCCAUGACCCGCACAUCUGGGAGACCACCGUUAAGCUAGCUCUGGCCGGACAUCCUCAUCCUUUGGCCCUGACAAAGGUUGGCAUUGAAGAAAUGCUGUCAAGAGUGUGGGACUCCCAACCCAGAGUUAUCAAGUUUUCUCGAAAACAUCAGAGGAGCUCUUCCGCCAAUGGGCUGAGGCGACAGAAGAGAGACUGGGUCAUCCCGCCUAUCAAUGUGCCUGAAAACUCCCGCGGACCCUUCCCUCACAUGCUUGUCAGGAUCCGCUCGGACCAGGACAAGGACGUCGGCAUCCGCUACAGCAUCACAGGAGCAGGCGCCGAUCAGCCCCCGAGCGGGAUCUACAACAUAGACCCCAUCAGUGGCAACAUGUUUGUCACCCAACCCCUGGACAGAGAGGAGAGAGCCUCCUUCCAUCUGCGAGCUCAUGCAGUAGACAUGAAUGGCAACCAGGUGGAGAAUCCAAUCGAUCUGUACAUCUAUGUCAUCGACAUGAACGACAACAGGCCCGAGUUUCAGAACCAGGUGUACAACGGCUCUGUGGCUGAAGGCUCCAAACCAGGCUCCUCCGUGAUGCAGGUCACAGCCACCGACUCGGACGACUCCACCACAGCCAACGGCAUGGUGCGCUACCGGAUCCUCUCGCAGACGCCCCACAGCCCCAUCCCCAACAUGUUCACCAUCAACAGCGAGACUGGAGACAUAGUGACAGUGGCAGCCGGCCUGGACAGAGAGAAAGUGUCCCAGUACACCAUCAUCGUCCAGGCCACUGACAUGGAGGGCAACUUGAACUUCGGCUUGUCCAACACAGCCACCGCCCUCAUCAGCAUCACCGACAUCAACGACAAUCCCCCAGAACUGACAGUCAGAACGUUUUCUGGGGAGGUGCCAGAGAACAAGGUGAACGUGGUGGUGACCAACCUGACGGUGGUGGACAGGGAUCAGCCGCACAGCCCCAACUGGAACGCCGUCUACCGUAUCGUCAGCGGGGACCCCUCUGGACACUUCACCAUCCGCACGAACCCCAUCACUAACGAGGGCAUGCUGACGGUGGUCAAGCCCGUUGAUUUUGAGAUGAAUCGUGCCUUCAUGCUGACCGUGGUGGUGUCCAACCAGGCCCACCUGGCCAGCGGCAUCCAGUCCUCGCUUCAGUCCACAGCGGGGGUCACCAUCUCAGUCCAGGACGUGAACGAGCCGCCCGUCUUCCCGGUCAACCCCAAGACGAUCCGCUUUGAGGAGGGUGUGCCGGCGGGGACGACUCUCACCGUGUUCGCCGCUCAGGACCCUGACCACUUCAUCCACCAGAUUGUCAGGUACUCCAAGCUGUCAGACCCAGCUAACUGGCUGAAGAUCAACAGGACCAACGGGCAGAUCACCACCAUGGCCCUGCUGGACCGAGAGUCCAUGUACGUCAAAAACAAUGUGUACGAGGCCACAUUCCUAGCAUUCGACAAUGGUAAGUCCGGCUCCCCUCAAGCCAGCGGGACGGGCACCCUGCAGAUCUACCUGAUUGACGUGAACGACAACGCGCCGGUGCUGGUACCCCGAGAGGCACAGGUGUGCGAGCGUGCGCGCCCCAACUCCAGGAUCAACAUCACAGCCUCCGACGCCGACGCCGACCCCAAUGUGGGGCCCUUUGUCUUCGAGCUGCCUUCUUUCCCCGCCAGCGUUCGCCGCAACUGGACUAUUUCAAGGCUCAGCGGUGACUAUGCUCAGCUGAGGCUAAGGAUCCCUUAUCUGGAGGCGAGUGUGUACGAGAUCCCCAUCAUCGUGUCCGAUUCGGGGAACCCUCCUUUGUCCAACCGCUCUGUGAUCAGGGUCAAAGUUUGUCCCUGUGAUGAUAACGGGGACUGCAGCGCCACGGGCGCCGUGGCGGCCGCCGGCCUCGGCACUGGGGCCAUCAUCGCUAUACUCAUCUGCAUCAUCAUACUGCUCAGCAUGGUGCUGUUGUUUGUGGUGUGGAUGAAGCGCAGAGAGAAGGAGCGGCAGGCGAAGCCCCUGCUGAUCGACCCCGAGGACGACGUCAGAGACAACAUCCUCAAGUAUGACGAGGAGGGAGGAGGAGAGGAGGACCAGGACUACGACCUGAGCCAGCUGCAGCAGCCCGAGUCUUUAGACCACAUCAUCAACAAGCCGGCGGGGGUGCGCAGAGUGGACGAGAGACCUGUGAUUGCUGAGUCGCAGUACCCCAUCAGACCCAGCCUGCCCCACCCCGGAGAUAUAGGAGACUUCAUUAAUGAUGGUCUGAGGGCAGCAGACAACGACCCCACGGCUCCUCCCUACGACUCCCUGCUGGUGUUUGACUACGAGGGCAGCGGUUCAACCGCCGGCUCAGUUAGCUCGCUCAACUCCAUCAGCUCAGGGGACCAGGACUACGACUACCUCAACGACUGGGGCCCUCGCUUCAAGAAGCUGGCCGACCUCUACGGAGGAGGGGACGACGACUGAGAGCGGAGAAGGGGGCUGGGUGGGGCUGCGGCAGGGGUUGGGAGAGGCGGGGCCGGUUGGAUGGACGCUCCUAGAAACCACGGGCAGGGGCCGGGAACGUGACGAAGGAUCCGGCGGCAGACGUGUGAGGAACAGACCCUUACAGCGACCGAGCCCGCAAACAUGAAUUCCGCUGCAACGCAACUGUAUUCUGGCUUUAUAUUUUUUAGUGGCGAGUUUGUAGUGUGAUGUUUUUUUAUUUUGAUUUUUUUUUUCUUUUUUGUUGUUGUUGUUGUUCUCUCACCGCACUGGACCCGGAGCUCUCUGGGGACGAAAUCAAGGCGGUUCGUGAGAGAGACACACGAGUAGUGAAUUUGUGCUUUGAUUGAUUGUUAAAACAGAACCAUCUCUUGCUUUAGUCUCACACUGAAGAGAAUGUUUUUUGGGAAGACGCUCUCUGACUCUCUCUCUUUCACUCUGUCAACUUGAAUUUCCUUAGAACAGAAGCACUGUCAUUUUAUAAAGUGCCUUUUGUGGUGUGUUUUUGUAUCAGACUCCUGCUAUCUCAGGAUCGGUUGCCAUUCGUGCAGUACAGUGGGGGCACGUUUUCCUCUCGUCGCCUCCCCCACCCCCUCCCCCCACCCCCUCUCCCCUGCGCUCCUCAGACCGGCCCUGCCUAUCACCCUCCUCUCCCCUUCACAGAGGUGCGGACGGACAACCCCAGCAGCCAGUCCCAGGAGGGAAGGACGCGACCAGGGCAGACUAUCGGAUAUGCUAACCCAGUGAAUUACAGUCCAGAAGAAGCCACUAAGAGUUGUUGCGGGGAAGACAAGCCUCUUCUCCAAGGACCUGCUCAGUUUGACUUUCACAAGCAUCAACCCGUCGACACGCUGACAUUGUGUGAGACCAUUUUUAUACAUGUGGGGGUUUUUCUAAUUUAGUGGAGAAUGCCUGCCUUUUCCUCUGUGGACUCAUGAGUUUAGGGGCCUUUAUGUUGAGACGCUUGCCUGCCCUGUACGGUUUUGUGUUGCUUUCUCCACAGUGUAAAGCUUCUGUAGGCAUGAUCUGAUUAGUCAGACAGUGUAAGAAAAAGUGGAACUUGGAAACAAAAGGCAUCUGGGAAAGAUUUUGGGGUUUUUUUGUUUGUUUUGUUUUGUUUUUUGUCGCCUUGAACAUUCCCGUUUUUUAUAGGCCAACAAAACUAUUAAAAGGUGCAUGAUUUUUUUUUUUCCAAAAUGUUUUACUUAAAGCACUUGUUACUAUGUGGUGAGAAUGUGAAAAUAGUCAGCAGAAACUAUAUGAAUAUACUCUGUAUAAAGACACUGAGAAAAUAAAAAUACUGUAAGAUACCUAUUUUUGAAGUAUUGACAACAUAAAAGUUGCUGCUCUUUCUCUAGCUCGUCACUGGGCUUAGGGGAUCUUUGGCCCGUUCAUUUUUAAAUAUGUGGAUAUUUUUAUUUCUUUGUCUUCUGUUGAAGCGUUGUUCCAUUUUUUAAGAUGCCUGCUUAACCAUGAUUUGCUCUUUUUUUUAUUUUGAGAUUGUUUUCUAAAAAAAAAAAAAAAAAAGCUUUGUUAUACUCCUUUUUAUAUGUGAAAACACGGCCUUCCCCUUUCACUCUGUGUUGUUGUCUCGGACAGACGUGUCCCUCCUGUUGGCACCUUGGCCUCGGGACAGUGGAAGGAUCAUUAGCCAUGCCUGCUGAUAGUUGUUCUAUUAUUCAGUGUCCUGGAAUUCUUUUAUCCAUUCAUCUAGAUACUGGAUGUGUGCUUCAGAAAAUAAACAAGACAUGUUUUGAAAACGUGCUAUCUUUUUUUUUUUUUUUUUUGAUAUUCCCAAUGUGCAUCAUCUUCUAUUGUUGCUGAACUGAGGUCAUUUAAAAUUUGUCACUCAAAGCUUUAAAAUAUAAUGGGCCUCUGUUGUCUUUGAAAUGGUCCUUUAUUAAAGGAGAGCUAGUAUGCGUUUUAUUCUUUUUCCUUUCCUUAAGUGUUUUACAUGUUCUUGUGAAUGUAAAAAAAAAAUAUUAUUAUUUUUUUUUAAAAAGCUCCUCUCUCCCACAGAAAACGCUGCUCCUGAAAGGCCUCGUCAGUAGUCCCGCCUCUGAAACCGCAACUUUGGGACAUCACAGUACGUCAACAUGUCAGACAUUUGAAUAAUUUAUGUCUGGCAGCUAGUUUGGCACAUAAGAAUUGAUAUCACACACCUGCUCUGUUGUCAUUAGCGGCGCUCGCUCAGGUGUGUGUGAGGUGACCGAUCAGAGCAGACUGCAUCUUCUGGAGGAUGGGGGUCCUUAAAGAGACAGGAGCUUAAAAACAGACAGAGCAGGGAUAGAUUGCUGCAGCACUGUACAGUAUGAGAAGACUAUUUUUUUUCAGCACUAAAACGUGUACACCUAUCCUAGUAGUGACCACAAAUAAAAUUACAAACCUAAACAUUUGCAUAAUAUGUCUCCUUUAAAGCUUCAUCUCGACUAGCCUAGACUUAAAGACGAUAUGUGUUGGAUGUGAACAUGCCUGACAUUUGCUCCCUCCCAGUGGUAGUAUUAAUGAAGAUACUGCUGCAGACAGCAAUUCAUGCCUCUAACCCCCACCCACACACAUGCAUCAACCAGAGGAUACUGAUGAUUAAUGAGCUGAAGCAACACAGGGAAUGCAUCAGUUUUCACCAGGAUUGUAUUUCAAAUACACUUUAAUCACACGGUGGCUUUAAGUUCACUGCUUUCUCUUUCAUUUGUUCAUAAAGCGGUUUGCAUUUGCGCACUGAAUUACAGCAUCGUCUUUAUUUAUUACAAUGGAAUCAUGUAUUUUAAGUGCUAGUAAGAGGCAUGAAGCAGAACAAACCCCCCCUUGCAAUUACACAGUUAAUCUUUGGCCCUGUUUCUUUAAUAUGGCUCUUUUUCUAAUAAAACCCACACUAUUUGUUCUUUUGUUGCAUCUCAGAUGGCGUAGGAGAGCAGUGUAUGGGGUCAGGAAUUGUAUUUGUGUCCGUUCCUGUGAUUUCAAUUAGUCGGCUGAAGCGGCAAAAAAAAAAAAAAAACCACUGGGGACUUAAAGGGAUUUAAUCCUCUCCGGCUGUGUGUCUAUCAAUUAGCCACACCAUUAAUCCCCACGGCGUAAUCUCAUUAGAUAGAGCGCCUUUAAUGAGACACCCAGAGAGAAGGCACAGAGGCAGGCAGUAAGAGAGAGAGAGAAAAAUGAGGCGGAGGCCAGGACGCAGGUAGGCCGUGUGGAGAGGUGAUUAGUAGGAUGGAAGAGAGGGGUCAGCAGAUGGGAGGAGGGCGUGGAGGAAGUGAGAUUCAAGCUCAGCGGGGACAAUGCAUAACAUUUACAAAAUGGCUUCAAAAAAAGGUUAAAUAUGAGGUAGAGGUAUGGAGUGCUGCUUAAUCAUAUGUUGUCCACUAUGGGCCGGAAAUUAGAGGAGUGGGCAAUGGAGAGGUAAAGACGACAGGGUCAUGGGUGAGCAGAGCUGAUGGAGCAUACUGGACUGGGUAAUGAGAGGUGCUUUGAUUCCUCAUGCACAGUGGAAUGUCCCAGUAAUGAGAACACCCCCUAAUAAACCUAAAUUAACCUUUACUGUAAUACAAAAGUGAAUUCUGCUCAGGGCCCGGCAGAAUUGCAGACCUGUGUUAAUAAGGGAGCCAUCAGAGGUGGAUGCCACCGCUCUGAAAUAAUAAUCUAGUUGGUUAAAGGUCAUCUUGGUCAUAACUACUGGGUAUAAGAUAAGGAGAUUAACUUCGGGGAAGGUUUCUUUGAUGGGUUUAGCUCAACUUCUCUUGGUUUCCCAGUGGCAGUGGGCAGACUGAAAGAAGAAAGCAAACUUAAGUUAUCCCCUUGAUAAAUGGCGUAUAUACACUGAAAGCUUUUGCUGCUGGCUUGCAGCCAGUGCCUUGUGUGUUGUAAAUAAAGUUCUCCUCUUCAAACAUG